AUGGAUGCCGUCGUCUCGUCGUGUUCAAUGCUGGAACCACAUGAAGUGCAAUCCGCAAGAUUCUGGCGUUGGUGCAAGGAGAACCCAUAUUUUGUUCCCCUAUGCUCAGGCGCAUUUGCUGGCGUUGCAUCGGAAACCCUGCUUUUUCCGCUGGAUUGUCUCAAGACUCGACUACAAAGUCGACAUGGUUUCAUAGCAUCUGGCGGUUUUCGCAGUAUUUAUCGAGGCGUUUUUGUUGCCGUUGGUGCUGCAGCACCUGCAUCAGCAAUUUUUUUCUCAACGUACGAGGCCACCAAAAGUUGUUUGAUGCCAUAUGAUCGAAGCAAUUCGGUGUUGGCCUACUGCGGCAUCGGCCUGGUUGCUUCAAUCCUCGGAGAGUUGGCUGCCGGGGUAUGGCGCGUUCCGGUUGACCUAGUCAAGCAGCGACAACAGGCUGGUGGUGGACAAACACUCAGCUCUGUCUUCCAAGGGGUUCGCAGCACACAAACCUCAAUUUUCGUGGCUUCGCUCCAGGCAUCGCUGAUGCGUGAUGUGACCCAUAGCAGCCUGCAAUUUCCGAUGUAUGAAUACUUGAAACUGGUCUCUGCAAAUUUGCAUGGUGUGUCGAAGGACGCCUUGCCAACUUGGCAGGCAGCAUCUUGUGGUACAGUUGCGGGUGUGGUGUCGGCAUUCUUAUCUACACCCCUGGAUGUGCUGCGCACACGGCUCAAUCUGCGAGAAGACCAAUGCACUGGAGCAGCCAAAAAGAAGGCCACACAUUUGGUUCAGGAGGAGGCCAUGCUUGUCUACAGCGAGCGUGGUUUCAGAGGAUUCUUCGCGGGCUGCACCUGCAGGGCGGCCUGGAUGGGCCUUGGAGGAUUCAUUUUCCUUGGAAGUUUCGAGCUGGCAAAGAAAAGCCUCGUCUCUGCUGAGCAGGACGAUGUCUCACAGCAACCGCAGGUGCCAGCCGUGGCGCCAUCCUCACCACUGCCCUCGGAGCCAGUAGCAUCGCUGCCUGGCCAUCGGCAGCUGGGUCUGGAACCACCUGCGCUGGUCUCUUUCUCUUCAGGGCUGCUGGCGGGAGUUGCUGUUGACGUACCUUUGCAUCCUUUGGACACUCUGAAAACGCGAAUGCAGUCUACUGACGGGUUCUGGAGAUCUGGCGGGUACCGGAAUCUUUGGAGCGGGCUCAGUGCAGUGCUGCUGGUCUCACUUCCUGGCAGCGCGCUUUUCUUCGUGAUCUACGAAUCUGCUCGACACUUCGUUGAACGGCGAAUUCCAGCAGCUCUUCACGACAACACGCUGGCAAUAGCUCGCGAUGCUGUCGCUGCCUCUGUGGCCGAUGUGAGCGCAUGCAUAGUGCGAGUUCCUUGCGAAGUAUUGAAGCAAAGGAUGCAAGCUCUGGGACCGAGUGGCGUUUCCAUGAGCUUUUCUCAGACCGUCUCAAGUGUUCAUGCUGAAGGCUUUCGUGGUUUCUUUGCUGGGUUUGGAGCUACAGCCAUGCGUGAAGUACCUUUCGCACUUAUUCAGAUGCCACUUUUUGAGGAGCUCAAGCAUCACCACCCGUGGGCGAGAACCAGCCAGCAAGAUGGCAACACGUAUCGACAAGGUCUCAUUGGCAUGCACUGUGGCUCGGUGGCUGGUGGCUUUGCUGGUGUGGCAACCACUCCUCUUGAUCUUGCCAAGACACGGAUUAUGCUGACAGAAGAUCCUGGACGUCGGUUAGGCCUCUGGUGCACGAUGCGAGCGAUCUGCCAGGAGAGCGGAAUCUGGGGCCUUUUCCGCGGAGCUAUACCCAGGGCUCUACAUUCAGGCUUGGGUGGCGCACUGUGGCUUGGUGCAUUCGAGUGGUCUAAACUGCUUCUUUGGUCCAGCGAUUACGAUAUGCGAGUGAGUCCCCUUCACUGA